CCGCUGUACCUGACCGCUCGUUCCGCCGGUCAGUGCCGUAAGCCGGUGGUGGCCGCCAUCCACGGCGGCUGCGUGGGCGGCGGCGUGGACCUGGUCACGGCCGCCGACAUCCGGCUCUGCUCCCAGGACGCCUUCUUCCAGGUCAAGGAGGUCGACAUCGGUCUGGCGGCCGACGUGGGCACCCUGCAGCGACUGCCGAAGGUGAUCGGCAGCCGCAGUCUGGUGAACGAGCUGUGUCUGACGGCGCGCCGGCUCGGCUCCCAGGAGGCGCUGCAGUGCGGCCUGGUCAGCCGGGUGCUCAGCGACCGGCACAGUCUGACGGCGGCGGCGCUCAGUCUGGCGGCCACCAUCGCCUCCAAGUCGCCGGUGGCGGUGCAGUCGACCAAGCUGAACCUGACCUACUCGCGCGACCACUCGGUCCAGGAGGGAUUGGACCACAUGGUGGCCUGGAAUGGCGUCAUGCUCCAGUCGGAGGACAUUAUGAAGGCCGCCACCGCCGCCAUGGACCGCAAGGCGCCGCCGCCCGACUUCGCCAAACUGUAGACCGACCGAUGGGGUGUCAGUCGGGUUGUUAGGGUUUAUAAUGAGAUAUUUAUGUCCACUGGGCGUUGAACCGCUUUUGGCGAUGAAAGCUGGAUUUAGGGGCCUUUUGCGGCAGGGCUAUUUUUCUGUCUGGACUUGAUUUACAUCGCACGUUGCUGAGGUGAUCAGCUAGCUUCCGGCUUCUUAGACAAAACAGAUUUAUACCUCAGCACUGCCUGGUUGGGAAGUGCAUUUACGAUGCAAUAGUAGAACGGGGAGUUACGUGCUGGGAAUGGCCAUUAUGUCGAGACCGCUGAACUCAUCAAUGCAAUGCUGGUGCUGUGUGGGGCAGCUGGUGCCGGGCUGCCCGUCCCGCCCCCUCCGCUGGACGGGCCGACCAACCCCGGCUGUUUUCGGGGCGUCCGGGGCCGUCUGUCUCUGUCGUGUAGUGUACCGCCGCCUUCGCCGGGGUGCUCCAACUGACCCGUAACCCUGCGCUGGAGCGCGCGCCGUGUGUUAACCGGUGCGUUCUGGCCAGAGGGGCUGCCUGGGAUAGCCUCAGGGGCUUCUGCGCGAUCGUCAGUAAACUACCUAUGAGUAGCUGGAUGAAUACAAAGGAAUUGUUCGA